AUGGUUAUUGAAGACGCACCCGAGCCCUCCCCAGUAGUGAGUAAAUGUUUUGACAACAUAUACCCCCUAACCAUCCAAUGUGUGGCCGACGCCUAUCAGCACUGGAAUAUGACCUACAGAUGGGAUCCUCCCGUCUAUUACGACCCGAAGGGCCAGCAGUCCUGUUGUUCCGGUUGGGAGGCGUUUGACUGUUACGAGAGUGGGCCAGUCAAAAAAUGCACAGAAAGUGAACAGAUAGCGAUUUUAGUGAAGAUUUCAUUUCAUAGGUUUUAUUUAUACUAA